AUGGCGGUUCCAGGGAGGCGCAACGGCAUGAACGACGACGAAGAGGACUUUGACGACAACGCCCUUUUCGAAGAAGAAGGUCUCGUCGUAGAAUUCAGCGAUACUCCUCCUCACCUCCGCGACCUCUCCGCCUCCGCGGAGGCCGGCGACGUCCAGGCCCUCCGUCUCGCUCUAGAUAACUUGACUGGUAGUAUUGAUGAGCCUGUGGAGGAUGGGGAUACUGUUCUUCAUUUGACAUGUUUAUAUGGCCAUUUCGCUUGUGUUCAGCUGCUACUAGAAAGAGGAGCAAACAUUGAGGCUAGGGAUGAAGAUGGUGCAAUUCCUUUGCAUGAUGCUUGUGCUGGAGGAUUUAUCGAGAUAGUCCAACUGCUACUUAACAAAGCAAAUGACGCAGAACAUAUAAAGAGAAUGCUGGAAUCAGUUGAUUCUGAGGGUGAUACUCCUCUCCAUCAUGCAGCAAGAGGUGAGCAUGUUGAUGUAAUUAACUUGUUGCUGUCUCAUGGGGCAUCUCUCGCAAAGGAAAACUUAUAUGGAAAGACCCCGGCAGAUUUACCUGACCAGAACACUGAUGCUCGGGCUUUGCUUCGCGCGGCCGUCCUUGCCAUGACAUGCUAA